AUGGAUCCUGUAACCAUCGUCACUGCUGCAGCGUCUCUGGCAGGCGCCGUUCUUAAAGCCUCUUGGAAAGUUAAAGAGACUAUCGACGCCUAUGACGAUGCACCACAAAACGUAGCAGACAUUGCAGAGGAGGUACAUGCGGUACAAAUAGCGCUCCGACAAGUGGAGAGCGUCGUUCUCCAGGAUCCAGAAGCCAUUAACCGGCUAGGCUUAGAGGUUGUCUUUACGGUGGCCGUCAACGGAUGUCAUGCUACGCUUUUGUCCAUCAGCAAAGAGUACGAGGAUCUGUUCCUUCGAACUGACUGGAAGACUAAGAUCAAAGUCUUGUGGAAGGACGGAGAAAUGACACGUCUGCUUGGGCGAUUAGACCGCAAGAAAGCUACGUUAACGCUCUUGACUCAGACAUUGAACCUUCGAUCCACCCAGGACAUAAAGACAUUAUUGAUGCAAAAUCAAUCAACAUUGAAUGCUGCAAAGCAAGACGUCCGAGAACCUGCCGCGUACUACCCAGAGGUCCCUACCUUCCGACCAGCGAGUUCGGAUUGCUUGGAUGAAGGCAGUGUGGUCGGCGUACCGAGGAACAGGGACUCUGUCAUCAGCACCACAGAGUUUGACUUUGACUACGACUUGAUCAACACUAAGACAUACCGACGAGCGCUCCAGAGAUAUGCCUCUGUCAGCACCCGAACCAACCCUUCGGUGGAGCAAUGUGCGGACGAGUCACCGGUUACGACACCAGAUCUUGAACCAGUCAUGGAGGAGGAAGCCGAAGUAGAAGAUCUCAUCACCUUUUCUUCGGAGAACUUGAGUUUGCAGAUACCAUUGAGUCGAGCGACUACACUGCGACCGGAGCUAGAAGGCAUCGACUUUGAUACUCCGCCUGCGACCCCACCCAAGGACGUAGAUCAGAACAAGGCUGUGGCGCACGUAGAGCAGCUCAAAGCUAUUGGUUCAAAGGAAGGAGGGGUCACAGAGGCGGCUGACCCUUCUGAUGAAUCAAAGGCAAAGAGAUCAUCAUCCCGAAGGAAGCUAGACCGGCGUCCACCGAGACACCUUGCAGCAGCAGAAGCGGCGGCGGAGAAAUUCCACAGAAGAAGAAGGCAUGGAAAGCCCGGCGCUUCCACGGAUCAAGAGUCAGGAGUAUCAUCCAACACGAGCGCUGGGACGCUCAGCCGAAGUAUACCGCGUCUCAAAGCUCUGAGAAGUCGGAGAAGUCGAGAAGUCGGCGCAGGUGUGGACAUCCAGUAA